AACAAAGAAAUUAUUGAUAGUGCUCUAUGACCAAAUUGAUGUCAAACUUCGUCGAGGUUCUGUGAGCACUAGUUCUUUCAUCGAAAAACGGCAUAUCGUUCACACAAGUGUAGAAAAUGGCGACCCCAAUUUCUAAAAAACGCAAGUUCGUUGGAGAUGGUGUCUUCAAAGCUGAGUUGAAUGAGUUCUUAACUCGUGAAUUAUCUGAAGAUGGAUACUCUGGUGUGGAAGUCAGAGUUACUCCCACUAAAACCGAAAUUAUCAUUAUGGCCACAAGAACCGACAGAGUGUUGGGAGACAAAAACAGGAGAAUCCGUGAAUUGACUUCUGUUGUUCAGAAAAGAUUCAACUUUGCUGAAGGAGCUGUAAUCCUCUAUGUUGAGAAGGUUGCCAUUAGAGGACUGUGUGCGAUAGCCCAAGCAGAAUCCCUUAGAUUUAAGUUGAUUGGUGGUUUGGCAGUUCGUAGGGCAUGCUAUGGAGUCCUUCGUUACAUCAUGGAAUGUGGUGCUCAAGGAUGUGAAGUGGUCGUUUCUGGCAAAUUGAGAGGUCAGAGGGCUAAGAGCAUGAAAUUCGUAGAUGGUUUGAUGGUUCACUCCGGAGAUCCUUGCAAUGACUAUGUUGACACAGCAACUAGGCAUGUACUACUUAGGCAAGGAGUGUUGGGAAUUAAGGUAAAAAUUAUGCUUCCUUGGGACCCUACUGGUAAAACUGGACCUAAGAAACAACUACCUGACAAUGUUAAUGUGGUUGAACCAAAAGAGGAAAUAUUACACCCAGCACCCAGCAGUGAAAUUAAACCUGUUAGGCCUGAUGCUCUGCCUGCCAUGGCAGUAGAAAUGUAAUUAUUUUAUACUAAUAAAAUAUAAAAUGUGAAAAA